UGAUUCCAAGUCCAGAACUUAUAGGAUUGAUGAUCGCAGAUGGCCCAGUUAGAUACCAUUUCCAGGAGGAUGUUUUCGGACUUAAUAGGUCUAGGACUAUUAACGAAACUCUCAUCACCAAGUUCAAGAACUCUACGGAUGAGGAGAGACUGAAACAAUGUUUUUUUUCACAGGAUCAUCUGAAGUGCCUGUUGAAUGGCAUCCGAGGACACAUAUUGGACCCUAACGUGCGAGCUCUAAAUACAGCCCUAGAUGAGCUGAGAGAUAGCCUGACAUUUGACCAGACAGCGCUGAUGGAGAUCCAGCUAGCUCUUUAUGUGUUGCAUGAAGCUGUGAGCACAUGUCUCAAGACGCACAAGAUUCAGCCCCACUGGAUGUUUGCGCUAGAUGGGUUGGUACGCGGUGCGGUGCAGACAACCCUGGUCAUACUGGCUCCAGAAUUUGAUGGUCAAGCAUCAGGAGACCAGAUUGAGGAUGAAGUAGUCACUUCUGGGGUGUCAUCUGCAAACUCACUCAAACCGCUGUCAUUCAGGAAGGCAGCUGGUCGAGAACUGCAGUCUGAGCUGGAGCAUAUGGAGGAGGAGAACUUCAGGUUGCUGAAGGAGUUGGUGGAGGUGCAGAGGUCCUACCAGAGCCUGCUCCACAGAUCCAUAGAGGAGAAGAAGCUACAAGUGUCACAUCUGUCUUUACUAGUGUCCAAUAAAGAUCAAAAUCUGGCUCUGAAGUCUCAGACUAUGUCUGCAGGUGUUCCAGAGAUUCAGGUGAUCCCUGACUCGGAACUAGUGUCCUGGCUGUCUCAACGGAACUUUGACCAGGACACCAUUCACAAGGUGUGCCAGGAGGAGUACACUCUGCCUGACCUGCUGGAGCUGGCCACCAAGGAAGACCUCACUCGCCUUCAACUCAAGGGCGGUGUGUUGUGUCGACUAUGGCGGCUCCUGACCCACCGAGCCCAGCAUCCUGCACCCAG